AUGGCCGCUAAACGUGAACGUCGAUCAAAUGCCGGACGGCGCAUGGCAACAUUGCUGAAUGAAGAGGAGGAGGAUGAAUUUUACAAAACUUCUUAUGGAGGCUUCAGCGAGACAGCAGAUGAUGGCGACUAUAUUCAAAAGAAUGACGACGAUGAAGAUGUUGUCGACUCCGACUUCAGUAUUGAUGAAAACGAUGAACCGAUUUCUGAUGUGGAAGAAGAACCGGCCAAAGGCAAACGUCGCCGUAUGGGAACGGUUACGAAAGCCUACCGGGAAACAGCCGUUAAAAAGCCAACUCUCAAAGCAAAAGAACCUAAGCCGAAAACGGAACGUCAGUCCACGUUGCGGAAGCGUGCAAAGUUUACGGUGAUCGAUUCGGGUCGAAAAUCGUUCCGAAAAUCAACCGCUGCAAAAACAGCGGCGACACAAGUCCGCUUGAAGCAGCGAUUCGAAGCUGAACGCAAACGAACUCGUGUCAUACGCACCGAAGCAUAUAUUCCCACCCAAGAAGAACUGCUUGAAGAAGCGGAAAUCACAGAGCGAGAAAAUUUAAAAUCACUUGAACGUUUUCGAAGGAUGGAGUUAGAAAAGCAAAAAAUAAGGCCUACGAAACGUAAAUCCACUGGACCGACGAUACGUUAUCUGUCAACUGCUAUGCCCAUAAUUGAGGAAGUAACAGAUGGCAACACCGACGAUGGUCAAUUCAACAGGAUUGACCCAAAAGAGGGCGAAGUCGGCGAUAAAGCACGAACUGUUAAACGUAAUAAAAAGAAAACGACAAUAUUGGAAGUUACGGGCCAGUAUGAGAGGACUUUUAUAACCUUUGAGAACGACAUCGACAACAAGGUUUUCGGAUCUUACUUUCCUAAAGCGGACUGCGGCCGUAGGCAUCGGCAAAUUUGUGCCGUAACUCGAUUGCCGGCUCGCUAUUACGAUCCAGUGACGCAGCUACCCUACCGCAACAUGCAAGCGUUCAAAAUACUGCGCGAGGCGUAUUAUCAACAAUUGGAGGAGCGAGGAAACUUGGAUAACCCUGAAGUAGCCCGGUGGCUCGAAUGGCGCAAGAAAAUGAAGGAAUACCGAGUGACGGCUCUCAAAACUAGACAAGCUGUUGCUACCACAAGCGAUAAAUCCACAACGGGUGCUGUAAAAUCAAGUACCAAUGUUGGUGGUGCAGCAAAAUAA